GCGGAAGUUGUAUAUGUGCGGAGGCUUUAUGAUGUUGGUCUUGUGCCUGCUGCUCAGCACUUACCUGACGGAUCCAUCAUCCAUCGUUGCGUGCAUCACAUUUGGCACAGCAUUUAUAGCUUUCGUCUACACAGCAAGCAGAGCGCGGCCGGAGUGCGCGUCUUGUUCUACGUGACGAGCGCGCUGUGCCUGCUGCCGCGUCUACGGGCUUUGGCUCCGGAGCGCAGCCCUGGGCCGAGGACGGCUGAGCCGCCGGCUGACUGCCUUCGUGGCCGUCAGGCGCCGCGCCGCAAGACGGGGGCUUGGACAACCGGCCGCUCCGUCUCUGAAGAGUAG